AUGGAGCAAACGCUUACAGCUAAGGCACUGGCUCACUUACCAGCUUAUUUGCCCUUGCAAUCAUUCUUCCUGGAGCAAUACUACUCUAAUUCUUCGUCUGGGUCUAAAGUCAGCAAUAUGUCUGGCGCUAACCCAAAUAGCAUCAAUUAAAAUUCAUCUCUUACUUAUCCAUCUCAUAGCCAGACUUCAUAGUAAUAGCUAGAAAAUAUAGGUUCUGGCUCUUCUUCUGCUUUGCCUUCGAGCUAUCUAGCAAGCGGGAAUAAUUCUUCUACAGCUUCUUCUAAAAUAUUAUAAAGCUCACAAAAUUAGCAGAUGUCUUUAUUGCAACAAACUAUGUCAUCAGCAGCAGGCAGUAGCCACUAACUUUAGCAAUUAGCUUCUCAAUUACAAGCAUCUUCUUCUUGCUCAAGUCAAUCUCAACAAAAUCAGUUGCUUAUGAUGGAAAUGCUCAGCAACUCUGAGACUAGCGAAGAAGGCAAUCAGUAAAGCACCUUACAACAAUUAGCUCAUUAGCAGUUAAAUUAAUUAAAGAAGAUGGAGUAGAAGUAUAAAACAGAACUUUGUAAAAAUUGGGUUUCCAAGGGAGUUUGUCAAUAUGGAUAAAAAUGUCGUUUUGCCCAUGGAAAAGAAGAGCUAAUUGAAAGAUUGGCUAUGAAUAAAAAUUAUAAAACGAAACUAUGCUCAGCAUAUCAUAAGGAAUAGGUGUGCUAAUACGCUGCUCGUUGCCAUUUUAAGCACGAUGAGCGCCCUGUUUCUGAAAUUCGCUACUAGCACUUCUACUAGAAGCACAUUUGCUCUUUCGACGAUGAAAGCAUAAGGCAAUUUAAGUUUGGGUAGACUCCAAAGCGUCUCCCUGUUUUCAAGUAGAUGCUAGGCAUUGAGUUGACUGAAGAAGAUCAGUAAAUUAACAUAAUGGAUAUCGAAACUGCUGAGUCUAACUUUUCUCUGAGUUCCUCUUAACAAACAAACGCAGCAUUGAAUUAAAUGAUGAUGCUCAUGCUCAAUUCCGAGAGUAGUAAUAUUCUUGCUAACUAAACAAGCUUGUAGUCAUCCUAAUCUAGCUAAAACUCUCCAUUUUAUUUAAUGAAUUACCCAUCCAAUGACUCAAUAUCCUUCUAAAAUAACAUUAACUCUAUAAGUAAUUUCAACACUUUGAGUGGUUAGCAGAAUGGAAACUUUUAUAUACCCUCUGGGGCUUCUUUCUUCAAUAACAACAAAAACAACUCUGCAAAGCAAUCUAACUAGGAUAAAGAUUUGAGCAUGAUUAGCAAUGCUAACACUGCAGAUACAUCAGAAUCGAUUUCCGUAUUCUCUCUUGCAGAUAAAUACAAUAGCAUUCCAUCUACAGAAAAGUUAGUCUCAACAAACUUAUUUGCUUGA